AUGGUUGAAACCACCAAAGCCAAGAAAUCCAGAUCCCCUCGGUCUUAUCCUUCUUACCACGUGAUGAUAAGCGAUGCGAUCCUGACAUUGAAGGAGAGGACAGGAUCAAGCCAGUAUGCGAUAGCGAAGUUUCUAGAAGAAAAGCAUAAGAAACAGUUGCCUGCAAAUUUCAAAAAGCUUUUAUCAGUUCAAUUGAAGAAACUUGUUGCUUCUGAUAAGCUUGUGAAAGUCAAGAACUCCUUCAAGGUCCCGUCUUCUCAUCCGGCUCCUGCUAAGAAGCCGCUAGCCGCUGCUAAAACUACUAAGCCGAAGGUAACAAAGAAAGCAACCACUGCGAAGCCGAAGCCGAAGCCAAAAGCCAAGGUUGCAGCCAAGCCAAAGGUGAAGACGCCUGUGAAAGCGAAGCCGGCUGCUAAGCCAAAGAAGGUGGUUGCAAAACCGGCUAAGGUGGCGAAGACGAAGAAAGUUACAUCGCCGGGGAAGAAGAAGGCUGUAGCGGUGAAGCCGAAGAGUGUUAAACAGCCGGUGGUGAAGAAAGGAGCGGCGAAGAAGGCAAAGAAGUGA